AUGCAGUCUGCGCGCAACCUUUACAAGAACGACGUUGAUUUCGCAGCACUGGCUUUGCAGUCCCCCGACUUUGCCAAGCAUGUGAAAGACGGCAAAGUGGACUUCAAUGAUCCACAAGCUGUACGCCAGUUGACCACCAGCCUGCUUCAGCAAGAUUUCAAACUCAAGGUCGAGGCCCCAGAUGAUAGAUUGUGUCCACCGGUUCCCAACAGACUCAAUUAUAUUCUGUGGUUGCAAGAUCUGCUCGACUCUACCGACGGAACGCUGCGAGAUGAAUAUGACUGUGAACGCGAGGUGAUUGGCUUAGAUAUUGGAACUGGCUGUUGUAGUAUCUACCCACUGCUGGGCUGCACACUUCGACCACGGUGGCGAUUUAUUGCAACUGAUAUCGAUGCGAACAAUGUACGCACCGCAAAACACAACGUGACUCUGAACAAUCUUGAAUCUCGUAUUCGCGUCAUUGAAUCCCGUAUUGAAGAUCCCCUUAUUCCCGUCAAGGAGCUUAGUGAUGAAACCUUCGACUUCACCAUGUGCAACCCCCCAUUCUACUCGUCCCGGGACGAGCUUAUUCACUCUGCCGAACUCAAAGCCCGUCCUCCAUUCUCGGCAUGCACCGGCGCCGAGAUAGAAAUGGUCACUCAUGGAGGUGAGGUAGCCUUCGUCACACGCAUGCUUGAAGAAAGUUUACGAUUACGUGACCGUGUGCGGUGGUACACGUCAAUGUUGGGCAAACUGAGCAGUGUUUCUGUCAUUGUCGAGAAAUUGAUGAAGCAUGAAAAUCACAACUACGCCGUCACCGAGUUCGUGCAGGGAAGCAAGACGAAGCGCUGGGCUGUGGCGUGGUCUUGGGGUGACCGUCGGCCGUCUAUGGCUGUGGCACGCGGUAUACCGGGAUUCCCAAAACACCUCCUCCCCUUUCCUGCAGAGUACACUUUUACAAUAAACCCCGAAGCAUCAAUUGAUGACACUGGCACCGCUAUAGAUGCGGAGAUGGGCUCACUUCCCUGGUUCUGGACCUGGGAUCGUUCAUUGUGUGCCGGAGCUGGAUUCGCGACUGAGAAUGUCUGGUCUCGACAGGCUCGUCGGAAGAUGAAGCUUGCUGGCCAAGAUGGAGCUGCAGUCAAGCCUACCAGUAUUCCAGACGAAGUGGCACUUGGUGUUCGUGUGCAGGCAAGACUUGUUAUUGGGCAGAACCCGGCAAGUAAAGAGGUGCAGGUGCUGAUAUGCUGGAUCCAGGGGACGGAUAGUGUGCUUUUUGAGAGCUUUUGUGGGAUGCUUAAGCGGAAGUUGAAUGCGAGUUGA